AUGGGCGUUCAUAAUCUCUGGGACCUGCUCGCGCCGUGCGGCCGCCGCUGCUCCAUCGACUCGCUCGCGCGGAAGCGCCUCGCCGUCGACGCCUCCAUCUGGCUCAUCCAGUUCAUCAAGGCGAUGCGCGACGUCGAGACGGGCGAGAUGCUGCACAACGCGCCGCAGCUCGGCCUCUUCCGCCGCCUCUGCAAGCUCCUCUUCCUACACGCGGCCGUAGCGCGGCUUCCCCCGGCGCUCCAGUUCGAGGUGCUCGACGAGAUCAAGCUCGCCGAGCGGAACCGGCGCAGGGACGAGCUCGUUCGGGCGGACCACGACAUGGUCUCCUUCAGCCACGCGCAGCUCGAAAACUACGUCGAGGUCUCCAAGGCGUGCCGCCUCGCACUGGCGCCUCGCACAGCGCCUCGCACUGGCGCCUCGGCUGGCGCCAUCGUGCUAUUGCGCGAGUCGCUGAAUGAGGAGGCGGCGCAGUCGCGGCGCCGCAUCAUCGGCGACUCGUCCCGCGAGUACGCGGGCGGUGCGGGCGAUGCGGACAGCGCGGACAGCGCGGCGGCGUCGGGAGGCGGGUUCUUCCCGGAGGCGGGCGAGGCGGGCGGCGCGGGCAUUGCUGCGCCGGAGGCGGAAGGCGAGGAGGAGGCCGAGGAGCAGUCGCUCGCCCGCGCGCUGGCGCUCUCUCCACAGGUGCAGUACCAGCUCGACGACCUCUCCGACAGCGACGACGACUUGUUUGCCGAGGAGACGCUUGGCAGCCGGCCAGGGGCAGCGCAGGGCCCUCGAGAGCCCCGCCAGCACUCUGACCUGUAG